AUGGAUGCUGAGAAGAAAAUGGAUUCUUCUAACCCUGGAGAAGGAGUAUACGUUAAUCAGGUUAACUUAGGCUAUGACCCACAUAGAGAAGUGCCAGCAUACAGUGCUCCCAGUUACCCUGCAACAACUACUGUGGUGACCAUCGUCGAAGACAAUUCUCUGAUCAGCGAUCACAUUGUAUGGUCCAUCUUCAGCACCUUGUACAUGAACUGCUGCUGCCUGGGUUUUUUUGCUCUUCUGUACUCUGUGAAGUCAAGAGAUCGGAAGUUGAUGGGAGACAGAGUCUCGGCCAAGGCUUAUGGAAACAAAGCUCGUACCCUGAACAUUACGACUACUGUCAUAACUUCCUUAUACAUCCUUCUCAUGAUAAUCUUAAUGGCUUCUGGAAUCCUUACUCUCCGUUAUUAUAAUGCACCUACAUGAAACUGAUUAAUUCCUGCAGUUGUAACCCCCCUGCUUUGU